AUGAUUAGAAACGUCCUCCGUAUCAGUCGGUGGCUGGUUCACAAGAGAAUCAAUAUUACACCGGUAGUUAUACGCCAGGUAUCAACUAGAACACCAAAUUGGAAUAGUAAUUUUAUAGCAAACCGUGGAUUUUCUUCCAAUACUAGUGAUAACCAAAUUUCUGACCACUUAGAGCAAGCAGUUUUUGAAGAUAUUUGCAGUGAAACGUUGGAAUCGCUGUGUGAAUACUUUGAAGAAUUAAUAGACCAAUCUAGUCACUUGAAGGGAGCUGAUGUAACUUAUUCUGAUGGUGUAUUGACCAUUUUCUUUGGACCAACUUAUGGAACUUAUGUUAUUAAUAGGCAAACACCCAAUAAACAGAUCUGGCUUAGCUCUCCUACAUCUGGACCUAAACGUUAUGACCUAGUACUUAAAAACGGAGGCUACUGGAUUUACAAACACGAUGGAGUACCUUUGCACCGCUUAUUACAAGAAGAAAUAUCAAAAAUAAUAGAAGAUGUUGACUUUAAAUCAUGUGCACAUAGCAUAGUGUAA